AUGACUGAACUACUCGUUAGCUGUUUAAAGCCGUUAGCUUUAAAGCCAAGCAAAGUCAAGAAUAAAAAACGAUCAAAAGGAAAAAAGCGUCAAUUAGGAUAUGAAUUUGAAGAUGAAUUUGAAGAAAAAGAGAAUAAAACUCAAACGAAUGUUUCGAAUGAAGCCAUGGCUUUGUCCAAGUCUAUCAGAACACAGAAAAACCCAAAUCUUUCAAAUACUCAAAGAAAGAAGAGAACUCCUAAUGAGAAAAAGAUAAAAUCUGCUGUAUCUGUUGAUCAAAACGUAGAUGUUCAAUCGAAAGCAAAUAUUGAUGAAAACAAAAAGAUAUCAAAUGCAAAUCCUUUACCAAAAUCCCUCCAAAAAAAUCGUUACGUAAACAAAGCCAUCGAAAAGGUGUCAGCUGGGAUAAAGUUGUUAUCAGCGUCUCUCGAGAGUCUCACCGAUGGAUUGUUGUCAAAAGUUAAAAGAAGAAAUCCGAUCAAAGCACUCAUUCCAUUGAAAAUCAACGAAAAGAUCGAUCUCCGUCAUUAUCCAAAAGGAAUCAAGAUUUCAGAAGUUAAGCAUCGUGGGAAUCGUUUGUUGUUCAAGAUUUUGGAAAUUCAAGGAGAAAAACUCGAGUUUAGAAUUGCGAAAUGGGAUGCCCCUGGAGCCAAGUUUAAAAUACCCGACGGCCCAAUUGAUGGAUAUAGAAGUUUUGAAGUUCUUGUCGAUUUAAAUCAUAUGGAGACUCAGAAACUCUUCAAGAUGUAUUCAGAGUUUUUUCAUCAAGAUUAUUUUCCGUGGAUUGAAAUGGAGCUCAUCAGAAACAAAGUGAUCACCAGGAUUUGGCUGAUUUUCGAUUGGGAUGAUACGCGUGCUCAUUGGAUUCCAUAUUUCACCGAUCGUCGCCCGUUCUCAGGCGGGAAAAACUGGUGGCCUGGGGUUGAAGUGCAACAGUACAACGACUUUGUCAUCAACAAAUGUUUAACAGUAUCUGACAUUCGCUUUGAUCAAACAUUGCUUCAUUUCACAAUAAUCUCUCCAUCAUCUUCUAAUCCAACUGUGAUUUUCGAUGAGCGGGAACCACUGAAGAAAGGGAUUCGAAUGAUUGUGCUUGAUCAUGUAGAGCUUAAUCCUGAACAAAAUUCAUUCGGCAUCGGCAAUAUUGCAAUCACUUUUCGGAAUCGACGCGCUCUUACCUAUCUUGGGGAUGAUAAAGUGCGUGCCGAUCCGACUCUUUGGCCCUUCUUCAACAUCAACUUCUCGGGCUGCUUAUCCAUUCAAAUUUUGCUCAAAUUUAAUUGGAAUAUUCUCAAAGCCGAAUGGACUCCAGAGUUCAGUAUUGUGCACAAGCCAAAGUCCCAGAUCGAAAAAAGGCUUAAAGUGAGAAGGCCACUUCAAAAAAUGAAGCGAAAACAACCGAACCCUAAGAAGAUGGGUCUACAUAAUGGA